CUCGCUGCCGGAUUGGGGGCCAUGAAGCCGAGUCCGGCCGGGACGGCGAGGGAGCUGGAGCCGCAGGCGACGGCCCGGGGCGAGCAGCGCGCGGCGGAGCCCGAGGGGCGCUGGCGGGAGAAGGGCGAGGCGGACACGGAGCGGCAGCGCACCCGGGAGCGGCAGGAGGCCACGCUGGCUGGGUUGGCGGAGCUGGAGUACCUGCGCCAGCGCCAGGAACUGCUGGUCCGGGGCGCCCUGCGCGGCGCCGGGGGUGCGGGGGCCGCCUUGCCCCGCGCCGGGGAGCUGCCGGGGGAGGCGGCGCAGCGCAGCCGCCUGGAGGAGAAGUUCUUGGAAGAGAAUAUCUUGCUGCUGCGAAAGCAGUUGAAUUGUUUGAGGAGAAGAGAUGCUGGUUUGUUGAAUCAGUUGCAAGAACUCGACAAGCAGAUAAGUGACCUGAGACUGGAUGUGGAAAAGACAUCUGAAGAGCACCUGGAGACAGACAGCCGGCCUAGCUCAGGGUUUUAUGAGCUGAGUGAUGGGGCUUCAGGAUCCCUUUCCAAUUCCUCUAACUCGGUGUUCAGUGAGUGUUUAUCCAGUUGUCAUUCCAGCACCUGCUUUUGCAGCCCUUUGGAGGCAACCUUGACCCUCUCAGAUGGUUGCCCCAAAUCUGCAGAUGUGAAUCCCAAGUACCAGUGUGAUCUGGUGUCUAAAAACGGGAAUGAUGUAUAUCGCUAUCCCAGUCCACUUCAUGCCGUGGCCGUGCAGAGCCCAAUGUUUCUCCUUUGUCUGACGGGCAACCCUCUGCGGGAAGAGGAGACGCUUGGAAAUCAUGCCAGUGAGGCGUGCGGUGGAUCUGAGCUAGUUACCAUUAAAACAGACCGUUCCUUACCAUCUCCAAGCAGCCUAUGGUCUGCCUCGCAUCCUUCAUCCUGCAAGAAAAUGGAUGGCUACAUUCUGAGCCUGGUCCAGAAAAAAACACACCCUGUAAGGACCAACAAACCAAGAACCAGUGUGAAUGCGGACCCCACGAAAGGGCUUCUGAGGAAUGGGAGCGUUUGUGUCAGAGCCACUGGUGGCGUCUCACAGGGUAAUAACACGAACCUUAAGAAUUCGAAACAGGCGUGUCUGCCCUCCAGCGGAAUACCCUCUUUGGACAAUGGGACAUUCUCCCCACCGAAGCAGUGGUCAAAAGAGUCAAAGUCAGAACAAGCAGAAGGCAAGAGAUUGCCCCCAUCAGAGAGCUGCUUGCCAGCUGCUGCCUCCGAACUUCAAAGUAAGCAUCUGCCAAAAAAUGCCAAGCCAGCCUCCCAAGAACAUGCUCGGUGUCCCACUGCUGGGACAGGGGAGCCCCUUAAAGAAAGCACUCAGCUCUCAGCCGCGUCUCCAAAAGAGAGCCCUGGCAGAGGCCCCAAUGCCCCACCAGAGACUAAAGUGGCCCAGCCUCUGAAAAAGAUGUCACAGAAAAACAGCCUGCAGGGUGUCCCUCCGGCCACUGCACCUCCUCCACUGCUCUUCCCGGUGGAAGACAGGCCUGCCUUGGAUUUCAAAAGUGAGGGCUCUUCCUCCCAAAGCCUGGAGGAAGGGCACCUGGUCAAAGCUCAGUUCAUUCCUGGGCAGCAGCCGGGCGUCAGGCCCCACCGCAGCCACAGAAACGUGGGCGCUGCGAAAAGUUCCACCCUGAAGCAUCGCGGCCAGGCCCUCCAGGGGCUGGAGAACGCUUUGCCCACCGUCAGGGAGAAAACGCGGGCAGGGAGCAAGAAGUGCCGCUUCCCCGAGGACUUGGAUACAAAUAAGAAACCCAAGAAGGCCGUCUCCAAGGGGCGGAAGAGCGGGGGCGGGCCCGAGGGGGGCAUUCUGGGCAGGCCCCUGGGCGGGGGCCCACGGGCAGGAACCCGGGCGCACGGCCACGGACGGGAGGCGGUGGUGGCCAAACCUAAGCACAAGCGAACCGACUACCGGCGGUGGAAGUCCUCCGCCGAGAUUUCCUAUGAAGAGGCCCUGAGGAGGGCCCGGCGGGGGCGCCGGGAGAACGUGGGCUACCCGGCGCCCGUGCCGCUGCCCUACGCCAGCCCCUACGCCUACGUGGCGAGCGACUCCGAGUACUCCGCCGAGUGCGAGUCCCUCUUCCACUCCACCGUGGUGGACACCAGCGAGGACGAGCGGAGCAACUACACCACCAACUGCUUUGGCGACAGCGAGUCCAGCGUGAGCGAGGGUGAGUUUGUGGGGGAGAGCACGACCACCAGCGACUCUGAAGAAAGCGGGGGCUUAAUUUGGUCCCAGUUCGUCCAGACUCUCCCAAUUCAGACGGUGACGGGUCCAGGUCUUCGCAACAACCCCACAAAAGCCUUUGUUAAAAUUAAAGCUUCGCAUAACCUCAAGAAGAAAAUCCUCCGCUUUCGGUCCGGCUCUCUGAAACUGAUGACUACGGUUUGAGUAACGUCACUGGUGUAGAAAAGUGUCUUUUUCCCCCCGCUAGUUGCCGAAAUAAAAAAGGCGACAUCUUCAUUUUUGUGUAAUAAUUUCAUGGAAUGCUUUUCUUUUAAGACAAAACCAAGGUAAAUUAUUUGUCCCGUUUUCAUCAUGUAUAGACACUAGUGCCUUUAAUGGAAGGUAAAGAAUGUUUUCUAGUUAGAAGUAAGUAUUAAGGUUUUAAUGGUGGUGAUAGUGA